AUGCCGGCGAGACGUUUGGGAAGGUACCCAGUUAAUGGUCGAAUGCUGGAAUUCACGAAUACUAUGGCAGAGGAUGUAGGACUAGGUACGUUCCACAAGGUCUACCUGACGCUCCGACCAACUCUACAUCACCCUUCCGUCAAGCCUGGCGCAAUCACCUUUAUUGAGAUCCUACGUGACGGGCACUCUGAUUUGGGCAUUAGCUUUGUUGGUGGCUCAGACACGCCACUAGUAAGUUUUUCAGAUUUGUGA